GGUAGAUUUCUGAUAGCAAUGUUUAUAAAGAGGUAGUAAGAACUAUGAAGACUGAGAUCUGUGUUUCGUAUUAUAUGUGUGAAUGUCGUAUAAUUGAUAAAUAUUUCGUUUAGUAAAUUUAAAUCUUGAUAAUAUAACCACAUUGUUUAUUAUAAUAAAAAAGAACACAAGUUUGAUUUACAAAUAAUACUAAAACUUCGUGCAGUGUGAACUUACAUGCUUCUCUAUCAGGUAAUUGUCGGUGAAUAGUGCCAUGCCGACAUUCGUGGACUUUAAACAUUUAUGGAAUAUUUACUUGUGACAACUCAGCAAAAAUAAAAGCACGAAUGCAUACUACGGCUAAUAUACAAAGACUAAACAAGAAAUUCAGGGUUGAUGCAGAUACAUUAAUUUUUCAUCUGCUUAUAAAAAAAGAAUAAUGAGUAACUUAGAAAGCAGCACUCUAAUUGCAGCUGCGAUUGGAGUUACUGUUGGUGUUAUUAGCGUGGCUGGUAUGUUCCUCUAUCAACAAUUUAUUGAGAAACGACAAUACAAAGUACGGAAUCAUAACCUUGAACUUGUUAAUCAAAGAAUCGCCGAGUUGCAAGAAGAGUUAGAAGCAUUAAGACAACAACAAAAAAGGAAAAAGAGAUCAGCAGCUGCAAAUAGAAAACAUACAUUAAGUUCUAAUGAUAAUACAUAUGUUUCAACUGAAAAUGAUGUAGAUACAUUUUCUACAGCAGGGACUGACAUUGCUGAUGAUGAAUUUUUUGAUUGUUCAGACACUGAAGAUGCUACAGGCGAUAUUGAACCAAGGGAAUCAGAAUCAAUAAACCUAUUGGAAGUAGAACUUAUGGAAAUUGAUGCACAAGAAAAAACAGAAGAACGAAUUGAAGAAGGCACAUAUUAUAAAUUACAAGAUUUAACCAAAUUACAUCCAAAUAAUGUAGACGUAAUAUGGAGAUUUGCUAGAGCUUGUUACAAUUAUAUGAAUCAUUUUUCUGAUAUAGAACAUAAAAAAAAAAUUAUUAGCAAAGGACUGGAAGCUUGUGAACAAUUUAUUAAUGUAGAGAAUGCAGAUCUUCAUAAGUGGUAUGCUAUUCUUAUAGGUUUGCAUGGGGAAUAUCUACCAUUGGCAGAAAAAAUAAAAAAUGGAUCUGUUUUUAAAAAUCAUGUAAUGAUAGCUUUAAAACUACGCCCAAAAGAUUCUGAUCUACAUCAUCUACUUGGUAGAUUUAGAUAUGAAAUAUCUAAUUUAACUUGGUUUGAAAGAAAAGUAGCAACAACAUUCUUUUCUGAGCCUCCAAAUGCCUCCUAUGAAGAGGCAAUUGAAAGCUUUGAACAAGCAGAAGAAUUUGCAACUGAACCACAUCUAGAAAAUCGUUUAUUUCUUAGUAAAGCCUAUAUAGCUAUAAGUAAAUAUGAAAAGGCUAUUUAUUUGUUAAAUGAAAUUUGUCAACAACCGGUUGUAACUAAACAAGAUCAGAAUGUACAGGCUGAAGCAAAAAAACUUUUGCAGACAUAUUCAAGUUAUCUUUGAAAAAAGAAUUUGAAGUGUAGCGGCUUAUUCUACAUUUUCCAAUAAUAUUUUCUAAUUUGAUUAUAAAAGAAUUAAAUAAGAUUUGAUAAUAAUAACAUUUUAUAGUGGAACAUGUAAAAAUCGAAGUAAUAAUAGUAUUAUGGCUUUAUUACUGAAACAAUCAAAGCUGAAUACUAAAAAAGUGAAAAUUAUCUUGCUGUAGAAUAUAGAUGACAACAUAGUAAUAAUGGAUUGUAGGAAAAAUGAUCACAUAAUAAUUCUGAGAAAUGUAAUAAUCAAUAUGGUUUUUUUUAUAUAAUAUUUAAUACUUUAAAAACAAUAUAUAUAUAUGAUAUUAAAGUAUAUAUAUUAAUUUUUGAACUUUCAUAUGAUUAUUUUUUGUCUUCAUGUAAGUUUGCACCUUAUGUAGGAAAUCAAGAUCUGAAUUCUUUAUAUAGAUUUAUUAAAUCAAACGAUCAUUUUAUUACAACCAUGCUAAUAUUUUCUAGUACAAAAAUAUAUGUAAAUUUAUCAGUUAUGUGUAAUUAUGGGAAAUGUGUUAUAAUACUUUAGGUUUUGUAGUUUUUGAAUAUCUUUUUCAAAUUUAUUAGAUAAAGAUCAAUAAUGUAUAUAAUAUAU